AACGACCACCAUCUACGCUCAACUUCACUUUUCGACAUGUCGACUACAGAAGUUGUGAAUUCUGUCAAUGGUUUAGACUCGAGCUCUACGAGCUCACUGAUAUCUAUCCGAGCUACCAAGCGCAAAUUCGAUGAUGCCCUCCAAAGCCUUGACAGUGCAGUAGCUCCCGAAAAACCCUUACCUGAAAGGCCAACAGCUUCCAAACGACCACACAUGACCCGCUCUCUGUACUCUACGCUCGCCAAGUAUGGGAUCCAUUCCAACAUACCAAAACCAUCCAUCGAUACUCCGGAUAAGCAUGAUAUUCUUAAGUCUGCUCCUCACCUGGCUGCGAUUUUGGCACGCUCCAAGAGCAAGGGAGCUACCCCUUUUGCACACCCCAGCCUUCCAGCAGCUUCGCUCUCCUCGCAAUACCGACCAUCAUCCACCCAGUCAUUUUUAUUCCGUCUGUCGACCUACAAGUUGGCGACAUACGCAAAUAAGCCGCCUCAAAUUGAUGCUGUAGCUGCAGCAAAGUGCGGUUGGGUGAACGAUGGCAAAGACAGGCUAGUGUGUGGGAUUUGUGAUGUUUCAUGGGUUGUUGUGGGGCGGGACGGCAUGACACGAGAAGCCGCCAAUGCGCUUGUUGAGAAGCAACGCAUCCAGUUAGUAGAGAUGCACAAGGAUGGAUGCCCUUGGCAUACUAGACAGUGUGAUUCGUCGAUUUACCGCGUGCCGCUGCAAGCACCGACUGUCAUGGCACGGGACAUCAAAUCCAAUGCGCUCUCCUUAGACCCUCUGUUGACAGACGUCGUGAUCAAACAUCCAUUGUCGGCCUCUCAGCUUGCCUUGCUUCGUUCAGCAAUCGCCUCAGUCAAGCCUCCUCAGGCACAGUCAGAAUCUGACAAUGAGUCGGCAAUGCAGGUUGAUGCAGACCCUGAGCCAUCUGAUACCGCAAUUGUGAUUGCCCUUUUCGGCUGGUCGUUGGCCCCGCCUGCUCCUCCCUCGGAACGUAAUCGAACUUCGUCACUUUCUCGAAUAAGUACGAUGUCCAGACCAGCUUCCCCAUCUUUGUCCAGAUCUUCAUCAGUUUCACGCACAGCUCGAUGGGAGCGGGCGGAAUCGCCGUCUCCGAGCUUCUCUUCGCCCCUUACUGGUAUCUCACAGUUGGGAGGUACACCUGUGCGCAUGCGCACGCCACGGAUGAGCGACAUCGGGAAAAGCGCCCGGGAUGCAUCUCUUCUACAUUGUCACUUGUGCCAACGACGCGUCGGUCUUUGGGCAUUCACACCUUCAUUACUGCCAGGCGGCAGCCCGCUAUCACAUUCAUCAACAAAGAAGAGAGAGUUUGAUGUGUUGAAUGAACAUCGAUCGUAUUGCCCAUUCGUCGUCCCUUCGACGGUGGUACCGAAACUGCCCAUGCCUUCUACCUCGCCUGUCUCUGCUAAUACAGCGGCAGACGGCACAACCGAUGGGUGGCGUGCUGUGCUGACUGUUGUGCUUCGCCAUGGCUUGAGCGAGCGGCAGCGGAAUGCACGCUUAUCACUUUCCGGAGGGGAUAAUGAAAUAGUGCAUGGUGUUGACGACGAGCUUGAAGGUGUAGAAGCUAUGGUAGCAAAGGUAAAGAACCAAGGGGUGAGUUUAUGUGCGCAACUAGACAAUCUCGAGCGAAAACUAAUUGCAUAUUUUGCAGCCACGAGAGGUAUUGAAAUACGUCAAAGGACUGUUGGGUUGACGUGCCUGCCUGCUUUUCAUCAUUUGGUUCGGACAAAAUGUACAUCUAUCUCCAAUGUCGAUAUCUAGACAUCUGUAUCAGCUUUCGAGAUCGUCCAUCGUCCUGGCACAAGUAGGCAUUUCCCAA